GAGUGUCUCCAAGAUGGCGGCUUGGGGAAGGAGGCGCGCUGGCCCCGGCAGCACCAACAGCGGCGGCGGCGGCCGGGAGAGGGUCACCUUGUCCUCCACGGACUGUUACAUCGUGCACGAGAUCUACAAUGGAGAGAAUGCUCAGGACCAGUUUGAGUACGAGCUGGAGCAGGCCCUGGAAGCACAGUACAAAUACAUAGUGAUAGAGCCCACUCGCAUUGGUGAUGAGACAGCCCGCUGGAUCACUGUCGGGAACUGCCUGCACAAGACGGCUGUGUUAGCGGGCACCACCUGUCUCUUCACCCCUUUGGCACUUCCAGUAGAUUAUUCCCACUACAUCUCGCUGCCUGCUGGUGUGCUGAGCAUGGCUUGCUGCACCCUUUAUGGUAUCUCCUGGCAAUUUGAUCCUUGCUGCAAGUACCAAGUAGAGUAUGAUGCCUAUAAACUUUCCCGCCUGCCCCUGCAUACGCUCACCUCCUCCACUCCGGUGGUGCUGGUGAGGAAGGACGACCUGCACAGAAAGAGACUGCAUAACACGAUAGCACUCGCUGCCCUGGUGUACUGUGUAAAGAAGAUCUAUGAACUCUACGCUGUAUGAUUUCAGCAGGGAAGAGAGAAACCCGCAAAGACAAGUGUAUUAAGACUCCCACAGUAACAUUUUGUUUUUCUUCUUUGAGAAGCAGCAGAGAGUGGAGACUGGGAAGGAGUUGGUUUAAUAGAGCUGUUAUUUUUAAAAUAACGCAUCACAGGUGCACCAAGGUUUUUCAGUUCUUCGUUACACUUAAAAUGUGGAUGUGCGGUGACGUGAGAGAGCUAUAUGUUAGGCCAUGGGAGUCUAAUCCAGCAGUGGAAUGUCUGCGAGAGAAAGCAAGCUAUAUA